AGGAUAAAUUUAAGUGCGAAAUCAAGAAUCCCACAAUAAAAGAUAAACACUUCCAGUGCGCUCGCUCACUAUCACAUUUGCCUUUUCAACAAAUUAAAGUCUCUUUCUCUCUCUUUUUACUGACGAUGCAUGAGCUUAACUAACACUCAUGACGACACCCGCCGCCGUUUUCUUCGCGCUCAUCGUUCUGCUCUUCGACCGAUCUCUCGCUCUCAACACAGACGGAGUUCUUCUCCUCUCUCUCCGUUACUCGAUCAUCGACGACCCUCUCUCCGUUCUACGCAGCUGGAGAUUCCAAGACGAGACUCCCUGCUCUUGGCGCGGCGUCACGUGCGACGAGUCAUCCCGGCACGUGACCGUUCUUUCCCUUCCGAGCUCGAAGCUUUCCGGCACGCUCCCUUCCAACUUGGGCUCUCUCCCUUGGCUCCAAAGACUCGAUCUUUCCGACAAUUCCAUCAACGGCUCCUUCCCCGUCUCGCUUCUCAACGCGACGGAGCUCCGGUUUCUUGAUCUCUCGCGCAACCACAUCUCCGGCGAGCUGCCGGCGAGUCUCGGCGGCGCGUUCUCGAAACUCAACGUCUUGAAUCUCUCCGAGAACGCUCUCGUCGGAGAAUUGCCGGUGACUCUAGGCUGGCACCGGAGCUUAACGGCGAUCUCGCUCAAGAACAACUAUCUCUCCGGCGAGAUUCCGGGAGGUUUCAAGUCGGCGGAGUAUCUCGAUCUCUCGUCGAAUCUGAUCAGAGGCUCGCUGCCGCUGCAUUUCGGAGGGAACCGUCUGCGCUACUUCAACGCCUCGUUCAACAGACUCUCCGGCGAGAUUCCGGCGGGUUUCGCCGACGAGAUACCCGAAAACGCCACCGUGGAUCUCUCUUUCAACCAACUCACGGGUCAAAUCCCGGGUUUCCGGGUCCUGGAUAACCAAGAACUCAACUCUUUCUCGGGUAACCCGGGUCUCUGCGGAUCCGACCCAGCGAAACAUCCGUGCCGUGACCGUGAAGCAACCUCUCCACCUCCAUCUCUGACACCAAACUCUCCUCCAGCGUUAGCCGCUAUACCAAACACCCUAGAGCUAACCGAUCACCCAACCAGUUCGAAAUCCGGUUCGAAAUCGAAAUUAGCCCGUAGACCGGUGAUUAUCGUAGGCAUUGUUGUCGGUGACCUCGCCGGUUUAGCCAUCCUCGGGAUUGUGAUUUUCUACAUUUACCAGUCUAGGAAACGGAAGACCGUAACGGCAACGUCGAAAUGGUCCACGUCAGCAACAGAUUCCAAUGUCUUGUCUAAAUGGUACUGUCUACGGAAAACCGUUAGAGUUGACGGUGACUGCGAAGAAGAAGACGAGGAGUCCGAGACAUCGGGAUCCGAAUCCGAUGAGGAGAAUCCGGUCGGGCAAAAUAGACGCUCCGGUUUGGAUGAUCAAGACAAGAAAGGUACGUUAGUGAACCUCGACUCAGAGAAAGAGCUUGAGAUCGAGACGCUUCUCAGAGCUUCAGCUUAUAUUCUGGGAGCCACCGGUUCGAGCAUAAUGUAUAAAGCGGUUCUUCAAGACGGUACGGCUGUAGCAGUUCGACGUAUCGCUGAGUCCGGUUUAGACCGGUUUAGAGAUUUCGAGACUCAGGUUCGAGCCUUGGCUAAGCUUGUGCAUCCUAACCUGGUUCGAAUUCGAGGUUUCUAUUGGGGAUCCGACGAGAAGCUUGUUAUUUACGAUUUUGUCUCUAACGGCAGCCUCGCUAACGCCCGUUACAGGAAAGUGGGGUCCUCGUCUUGUCAUUUACCUUGGGAAGCUCGGCUCAAGAUAGCGAAAGGUAUAGCUCGCGGGCUAACGUACAUACACGACAAGAAGCACGUGCAUGGCAACCUCAAACCAAGUAAUAUCCUUUUGGGUUUAGACAUGGAGCCGAAAGUUGCAGAUUUUGGGCUUGAAAAGCUUUUAAUCGGAGACAUGAGUUACCGAACCGGUGGAUCGGCUCCAAUAUUCGGAAGCAAAAGAUCAACGUCAUCUCAUGAUUUUGGGCCGAGUCCGAGCCCGAGCCCAAGUUCAGUUGGAUUACCUUACAAUGCUCCGGAAUCUCUCAGGAGCAUAAAACCAAAUCCGAAGUGGGACGUGUAUUCUUUUGGAGUGAUUCUGCUGGAGUUGCUAACGGGGAAGAUCGUGGUGGUUGAUGAGGUUGGACAGGUUAAUGGGCUUGUGAUCGAUGACGGUGAGCGGGCAAUGAGAAUGGCAGAUGCGGCUAUACGAGCUGAGUUAGCGGGGAAAGAAGAAGCUGUGUUGGCAUGUUUGAAAAUGGGCCUAGCUUGUGCUUCUCCAAUACCACAGAGUAGGCCUAAUAUAAAAGAGGCUUUACAAGUUCUAGAGAAAUUCCCUUUUUCAUUUUAGUUUCACAGUAAUGAUAAUAAUUACUACCGAGAAAGAUUUAAGAGCUUGACUGUGUGUACUUAGAGUUAGAAUCAUUGAUUUGUUUGGUGUCUGUCCAUCUGAUUAUUGAGUUUAUUUUUGGUUU